AUGAAUUCCGGCUUCGCCAACUGGGAUGCAUUCACAAAAGCGACCAGCCAACUCUUGGCAGACAUCAACGCCGCAGAGAAAAAGAUCAUGGAUCUUCAGCAACGAAUUCGCGAAAACAAGAACGACGCCCUCCAAAGCGUACGCAAUGGAAUCGACUUCCCUCCAACGCUACUUCAAGCUCAUCGCUUUGCUGCGUACUACAAGUCACCGGAAGCGUUUCUGGAAAGGAACAAGAACUUACGUGGAUUUGAAGAAUGCGCUAGGAACAGCAAGAAGAACCUUGCUUCCGCACUAAAGUUGGGCAUACGCAUGAAGAAUUUCGACAUUGCUACAUUGGAGAAGUUCACGAAGUUGUGCGAGGAGUACCAAGUUCUCAUUCCCGGUUUGAGUGGCUAG